UUUUAUUUAUAUUUUUUAUUCGGGGAUUUUUUCGCAAGCAAUGCAAUUAUACGUUUUUGUACUUUUUCGUCAUUGUUGCGCAUUAAAGUAUUGUAAGUUCGUACACGUAAAUACAGUAGAAUAAGAAUAUAAUGGCGACUUUGGAAAAACCGAAAGUGAAAACAAAGAAAUCAAAAGUUAAACCUAAACCGGAAGUAUCCAUAAACACCUUAGCUGAGGUCGAUGAUCAGUCAAAAGAAAUAAAUGAGUCUGCAGUUAGCGGCGAAUUGCCUGUUGAGGAUAUACAAGAUGUGGACUUUGAUCAGUUUGCAACUACUAGUACUCGCAACAUUAUAAGUCAAGAAUGUUUCAUAGCUUCUGAAUAUGUAGAACCAACAGAUGAUGUGCCUACAACCGGAAACAUCUCGCCGGGACAGGUUUCCUUAGCAGAAGAGCUUGCCCAAAUAGAUUCAAUAAAAGAAGCUUCAACAGCUUCACCAUCUGUAAUGGAUUUGCAUACAACACCAACAGCACCUAUUGAUGAUGCCUCAAAAACUAUACCAACUCUAAUUGCGCCGAUAGAAACGGUGCCGGUUUUACAAUACCCUAAUCUUACUACACUCCAACAUGUUGAAACUAAAUCAAAUGUGAUUUAUAAACCUACAAAAGCAGCAUCGCCUAAAUAUUCCUUUACCAACAGUCAAUUGCUACCAUUUACGUUGGAACAACGAAAGCAACUAUAUCAUUGUGCCGAUUUAGACCUGGUGCAACAAUUCGAAUUAGAUUUUCUUAUGAACUCCUUGUUGGAAACAUAUGAAAAUGAUCCCCUUUAUGCAGCGCUGAUUGAAUACUAUAAUUUACAAAGUAAACUCUCUGUUAAUAAGUACGAUGUGGAUAAAGCACGCAAAUUAGUCACAAAUGCACAGAAACACAUUUGGACAGAGGUACCUGUCACAAAGACUUUCUCAGCGCUAUGUGGCGAUAAGGUGCUAGUAAAAGAGACGGUCACAUACAACGUUGCUCAAGUAGAUGGAAAGAACUUGGCGAACACUUCUGCCGCAUUAAAUAAUCUCUAUGAAUUAGUCUGCAACACAUACACCACAAAUUUAAUAACAGCAAAAAUUACCAAAGUCAAGAUCGAUCAAAUGAUUGAUGACAUAAUAUCACCCGACUGCCUGGUAAAGCUGGCACAGAAGGAAACAAUCACUUUACAAAAAGAGCUCAAUCCCUCAGUUAUACCAUAUGUGGCACAUAUACGACGCUCUAUAUCAAUUUUAUUUAGUUUCGUGCGCAAAUUGAGUCCAAAUAAGGACUUUUCGAACGAUUUAAAAAUCUGGGUUCGCAAAUUGGUUUCAUUGCACCUGCUCGUUGCGACUAAAGAAGAUCACUGGUUUCUACUAUUCAACAUACUGCGCUGUCCUAGUGGUGUUGGCGAUUGGGCAACUGAGCUGCUGCAAAUACCAUUUGGCGUGACGACAUCAACUGAAGCUGCGACCAGCUCACGUAAUAGCGAGAUGCCGCUAAAUAUUAAUUCACCGGAAAUGAAUAAUUGCAUAGCGACAUUGCAAAUAUUACUUUUGCCCAUAAAAAAACGCAACGAAUACCUGAAAGAUUUCGAAAAAUCCCACAAGGAAAUUUCGGACCCUGCACGUGAGGAACGCUGGAUUCUCAUAGAUUCAGAUGGCGAAGACAGUCACAAUGCCAAUGGCGAAUGCGUGGGUUUGAAAGAGAGCGAUUUGAUUGCCUUUCUCAAUCAAAUACCGUUUGGAAAAAUGUUUAUAUCCGCUUUGAAUAUUGAGCAAUUUCUGAAUGACUAUGUAGUUUCACCAGAUCUUAUACUGGCCAACGAUGUGCUGCGCGUGAUCACAUAUUUUUCGAACUUGAUCGAAAUUUUCGGCGAAGGCAUGUUGACAUACAAUACGGAGCGUUACAAACAACUAGCAAAGCGUUUGGGACGUCUUAUACGCCAUACGCUACAAUACAGUAGUGAUUAUUACGAGCUUUUCAUGCACAACACAAUCCCAAAGGAUACCAAGACGUGUGAACGCAUAUCCGUGGAACUUAAUGUCCUCUUAUUCAAGGCAUGUAGCUAUAUAUAUCGUUCACGAAAUUUGAGCACAUGGCAAUAUUUCUCGUCACUGCCCUUCCAUUCACUGGAUAAUGAAAUUACAUGGCAAAUAUUCUAUUACUUAAAUAUCGGAUAUCCAACGGAAAUGCCGACAGUUGAAAUAGAUUAUAGCGAGCUUAUUAAUACGCCAGAAUUCUGGAAAAAAUUCAACGUUGCUAAUGCAGAUUCAUCCGCUGAGGAUUUAUACUAUCUGCUGCAGGCAUUUUUCGAAAUUGCCAAUGAGCGCGACAGAGGUAAAGACUGGGAGUUAAUAAAAACGAUAUGUCUGCAUAUUUUUAAUAUUGGCUAUGUGAACGCAAAUACACGCGAAAUUUGCUACAAAACCUCACGUGACAUGUUGGUAAACUUAACACUCUCUUAUGAGGAUCUCAUCACAUGCCUGUUGCUGCAAUUGAAAGUGCGCUUUAAUGAAAUCGAAAAUGGCAUCUAUCUCAUCAAGUCAUUGCCAUUGGAGAACUGGAAACCCGGCAUGGACAGUUUUGAAAUACUCUCCAAUUGGUUACUCCACUACGACUAUACCUCACAAGAGAAUAUGCUUGCACGCAUUGUUAUAAGCCACCUGAAUUGGGGUUUCGAUUAUGAUGGGCGUCUCUUCUUGCCACAUAACAUACACCUACGCAUGGCGUGUUUGGUAUCCGAAGCGCUGAAUAAGCAUGCGCCAGAAGUUAUUGGUUUAUCUGGCAUUUCCGAGAGCGUACGUCAAGUGUCAAAUCUUAUUGAUUUAUCAGUAACCUCAAAAGAGCAAUUCUCCACCUGGUGUUGGACGAUGAUCUCACUAUUGCGUUUGCAUUUGAUGGAUCAAGGUGCUGAGUCGAUAAAGCGCACGCUGCGCAAUCCCACAGAGCCACUAAUGUUUGUGCCCGAACUGGAACAUAUUGAGUUAAUUUAUCAGGGUGUUACCGAGAAUAGACCACUUUCUGUUUAUGUUGCUGUACUGGUCAGUCUGCACGGGCACACAAUACCAUUGAUUUGUCAGAAGGGACUCGAGCUAAUGAAGUUGCUUUUAAGCGAUUAUCGCCAUGCGGCUGUUAUACGUUGCUUAGAAUUGAUAGUGCCGUUAUUUUUGGAGACACCCGAAACUUUAGCUAAUUGUGAAAAUUUUCAUGCAAUAUUAAAUACAUUACUGAGUGCCGAUCGCACCUACUUGAAAAUGGCAAAAGACAUAAUCUAUCCAAACUCAAUUGGUCCGGUACUGCAGUUGCUCGAUAAUAUGAUUCAUCAACAAAUUAUCAGUUACACUGAAUAUGGUCUCCCUACGCCACUGAAUUUGAUAAAUGCUUGGUUGAAUUUGCUUACCGCGCUCCCCAAUUGGCAAAACACCAACGUUGUCUAUCUGCUGGACAUGAUUCUAAGAAUUGCCUAUCAGUUUGCGGAUGCGCGCUACCAAGCAGUGGAAUUCUUCCACAACUAUUUCAAGGGUUGUGACGAGUGGAAGGGCGCCAGCAAAAUGUCAACGCUAAAAACACUUUUCGGUUCUGUACAAUUGCGCAUACCAACAAUUUCGCCGCUUUAUGGCUGGCUGGCGCUGGUACUGUUGGAGAUCGAAUUUAAAACGCAAGAAGCUAACUUUUGGCCGGAGUUCUUACGUAACUUAGCGCUGGCGAAUGGUAGAAGCUCUUUGGAAGCGGCGUUAAAGAAAACAUUUGUGGCCUUCAAAAUGUCCAAUACAUUUCCACCACAGUUGCUUGUGAUUUAUAAAUAUGCGAAUUUAAUUGCGGGCAUGGAUAUUAGUCAUCCUGUCUUUCCGAUUGUAUGCCAGAAGUUUUUCGAGCUAUAUCUGAGUAGAGUGCCUUUGGAGUGUGAUGAGUACAGUUUCGGCGGUGUUUACGGUGUUUCGGAUAAAUUUUACGAAUACAAUGUGCCUUUGAUGAAAAAAAUUAGCACUAAUUUAAAAGCAGCUGAUGUUUUCUACUCAAAUGAAGCAACUAAACGCGCGACCGAAGAGAGCUUAAGCAUAUUCUACAAUGAUUGUUCGAAAAUAAUGAAGACUUAUGUGCUAUGGCUACAGGAAACCGCUAUAAAUCAACAUUCCAAAGACGAUUGUAAUUUUCCGCCACAAUAUAAUAAUGAGAAAUUACGCGAAAUCUUUAAUGGCAACACUUCACAUUGGACGGAAUUCCUCUAUUUGCCCGAUAUACGUAAAAUACAAAAACAACAAGCUCAACAGUGGGCACAAAAAUGUCUACGUUCGAAGGCAAUCAAACAACUGCGUACGCCUUUGCCACCAAAACAGCGCAUUGAACCGGCCGUACGCAUCAAACAACUUUUAUCAUCCUACGAUAAGAUUUUGGAAGCGCCACCAUAUACGCAGCCAGUAAUUAGUGUAACAAAAGAAAUUACAAAUAACACUUUUACGGAGCUCAAAGCGAAAUUAAAAACUCUUAACAGCAUGGCAACCAAAUUCCACUACGACACCAGUGAAUUAAAUUCGCUCAAUCGUAACUAUUUGGAUAUGGUUACGAAGCUAUACAAAAUGAUGCCUUACGAUGAAGUAAAAAUCAGAAGCUGCAAUUCAUUGCUCUUCAACCGACAAUGCAGCAAUCCAGCGCGCAUCACCGCCAAACUUGAGCAAAUACGCAUAGACAGUGCGGUGGAAGCGAAUAUAAAUAAAUAUAAAGAACGCCAUGACAAAAUCAUUAAUGGCAUGCUUAAGCUAAAUGUGGAAGAGUUUGCGCGUUGUGUGGAGCAGUUGAGCGACAUUAUGCGCUUAUUAAUUGCCACCAAUUCCGCGCAGCGUAUGACAGUUGUCACCAAUACAGGCAUACAUUUUUUUUACACCGUCGUGGAAAAUCUCACUGAUGUUACAAUGAAAUUCCAGCCAACUAAUGAUUUAUACAGUCAGCUUUUAAAUGAGCUUAACAUCUUUCUGCAUGAUCACCAAGAAAAGGAGGGCCUUAAUAUAUUGGAAUUAGCUUUAAAGCGUUCCGAUCUAAUAAAGCAGCUGGCCGCUGCAUUUGUGCCAUAUCGCACGCCACCACAGAAUUUUUUGAAAAUGUACCAAUUCUUGGUUGAGUCAUACUUGAAACGCUGUGAUACAAAGAUACUCUUUGUGCUAUUGUCAAAAUUUGAUUUGGUGACUUGGCUUGAAAACUUCCAACCGAAAUUAAGCGAUAUUAAUCAGUUAUUGCAACUGGUACUACAAGGCCUCGAAUGUUGGUCACAACCCGAUUCGGGGCUCCUGCAGGAUCAAUUCCGUCGUCAUUUGAUACACGUCUUCGAUUAUGAUUUUCCACAACAUUAUGGCGAAGUAUUGCAAAUGGUUUUGGAUCGUAUUUCAGAGCAAAAAUUAAUGCCAGUUGUACUAUUGGAUUUAUUGAACUCACUGUUGGUGCGCUUGAAAUGUAAAACUUUGUCUAUGGACGCGAAAAUCGACGAAGUUGUGGAAAUUUCCAUUGAUUUUGCGCGUCGUCAAAAUCUUUUCAAUUUAAAAGGUGCCACAGAUACGGUACUGUUAUUUGCGCGUCACUUCCAGAAGGAGCGAUUGCAUCACGGUCUGCAUGGCUUAUAUCCCAAGCACAAAGACUACUGUAAUCCACUCGCUAUGUGGUUCUCAUGUAUGGGUCACGUUGUGGUGGCUACUGCCAUUUGCACCUUCCAAGAUAUGCUGGCGGAUCAAAUUAGCGAUAUCGUUUUCGGUUCAAUUAUUGAGCUUUAUUCACCCUGGUUGGUGCCAUACACCGAGGACACGCUGCAACAUUCUUCAGCGAAUUGGAUACGCCAACUGACGGCGAAAGAUAAGAUCUUGUUGCCCUGGAGUGAGCAACAUGCGAGCAAAAGUAAAAUUAUGAUUAAAUCCUUAAUAGAUAUAUUGGAUUUCGUGCUGGAGAACCUACCAGCAUCUCACGUGACGCUCUCUCAUAUGUUCGGUUGGUAUGUACAUCACUUCGCCAUUCCAAAAAUUGAUUUUCACAUUUACGCGAAUAUACACGAGGGUAUGGGUGCAUUGCCCUGGGAGCGAUUUAAGCCACAGCCAGCGCAAAUAGAUUUGUUUCAUGAGAAUCUACAAAAAUUCGUACCGUCCGCACAUGCCAUGAUGGGACACAUAUUCAUACGCAUCAAUUGGCUCGCUUGGUUCGAGGAAACUUUUCCUACCAUACCCAUCAAUAUGCGUUCUCAAGUUAUUUCACGACUCUUUACGGUUUUCGUGAAAAUCUCCUUUGAACCGAACAUACACAUAAACAUAAAUACAAGUAAAAUAUUAGAGGACGCCAUUAAGUUUCCUUGGUACAUGGUCAACUACUCAGAGUUGGAGAGUCUCUUCAAAUGGUUUGUGACCACCGUAGAUUACCCCAUCAUACUGAAAAUGCCAACAGAAACAAACUACGCCGACAGAGCCGUACUCGACUUACUGCGUCUCAGCUGCGCGCUGAUGCCCGAGCAGGCUACCUCCUGGGAGGCAGUUAUGCAGCCCAUAAAUUACGCUACAGCAAAACGCAUACUAUACACACGCAACUACAUUGUUCUGUUGUGUCGCACGGUAACGAAAAAUCCCAAACUGAUGAGCACAAAGGAAGGUAUGAAUGCCUUCAACGCAGCCUUCACUGAACUGCUCAAUACUGUGAAUAGAUCUGUGCUUGCGACUGCUGGCAGCAAAACCAUUGAUGAGCAAAAGCGUGAAGCGCUAAAUCUUAUGGUGGAAAUAUUGGUGCCUAUGCAAACGCAACGUUUGGAGACAUCCAACCAACUAGUGGACACGUUGAUUCAUUGGCAGGGGCAAUGUGAAUCCGGUAAUUUCCUGCUCUGCAGCACGCUAAACGCUAUUGGUCAUAUGAAGACCUUUGUGACGGGCACCUAUCCACUUUUGGAAUCAACCAUUGCGCAUUAUUUCCGCACCUCAACGGAGUCACAAGAUUGGCACACGCCCACCUGGAAAGCACUGCGCGAAAUAUUGGAAACAUCUUUUGGUAAAAUGGACUUGAUGCCCAUCUUGCGUGGUCCAUUCUUUCUAACGCUGCACAUCUUUUUCAUACAUAAAAUGGAACAGAUUGCCAAUAUCGGUGAUAAAAUUACUUUCCUGCAGGAUGUGUGCCAGCUGGUGGAGGGCUGUAAAACGAAUCCCUACACAGAGCCACGUUUAGCGCUGGUUUGGUGCGCGAUCAUUUCUCGCGGUUGUCAGCUACUUUGUGAGACGCAAAAUGUUAAAAAAGUUUUAUUUAUGUUUGCCUCCUACAUGUGCCUAACGUCUGCACAAUCCGAGGGAUGGGGUGACACACUAUUGGGCGCCAUUGGUUUGAAGACUGACGUUGUUACGAAUAAGCGCAAAGCACUCGCGCGUUGUUUAGCCUGCGUACUAUAUUCCUUAUUUCCACAUACGAGUUCCACUGGCCCUUAUCCAUGUGCCGAAUUUGAGACCUCAUUGCAUGAGUUAACGGUGCUAUUGGCAAAUAAGAAAUUCGCUGAUAUAAAACAACAAAUCAUAACGGCCAUCGGCAUUAUCAAAGAAGAAAGUAUGCCCGCUUUACGUGAUGUACCACAUCUAGUUUUCCGCCUCAUUGGUAUAUUUUAUAACAGCGUUUUUAUUCCAACUGUUCCCGAGCUGUGGGAUUUUGACUCUAGGUUUACCUAAACUCUUCAAUAACUAUUUAGUCUUUCAUAUUUUGUGAUUUAUGUCAAGAUACAUAUUUACACAUAAGCUUACAUACAUGCAUAUUUUUAUAUACAAUAUUUUUCAAUUUAAUUGCUACAACAUAGUUUUAAUCGAAAUACAUAAAGUCAUAAUAAAAAGCUAUAUUUUACAAGAUAAA